AUGAGUGCUGAACGGUCAAACCAUGAGAAAACGAAAAUGGAACUAACUAAUGAACUAGAAUCUGUAUUAAAAGCUGCUAUAUCUAAUCCUAUUUCCUCUAAGGAGUAUGUUUCAAGUGAAAUCACUCUAACUAUAUGUAAUGUUAUUGAAGCCGUUUUCAUACAUGGACUCAGGGAUCCGUUCUUUUUAAAAGGCUCGCGAUAUGCUAAGUAUCCGGAACCCAAUUUUUGGCCGUUUGUUUCUAAAUUCUCUCAUCGUGGUAUCACUAAUCAAAUAAGAAAUCUUAAUCAAAUCAAAACAGAGAUAGGUAAAAGCCGGGCUUGGAUUCGCAUAGUUUUAAACGAAAAAUCAUUAGAACAUUAUGUAGAUUUAUUAUUAAACGAAACGAAGGCUUUAAGCCAAUUUUAUAAUGAUUAUGCAUUCUUGAAAGACAGUGAACGUAUUGAACGUUUGAAAGGUGUACUGAAGGGUCUAUCUCUCUUGUCUCUGAAUGCAGCUACUAACAGCUCUUUAUUAAAUUCAUGGACUCCCUCUCCUUUAAUACUAGCGGGGCUUGUUUCGGGAAAGCCAUUGAAGAGCUCUACAAGGCUCGUUCGAAAACUGUCGAAAGAGUCUGAAGAAGUCGGUACAAAUGCUCUCGAUAUUAUAUCCGGGAACGUUUCACCUAAUCGCAUGCCUCGAAAGGUGUCUGAUGAUGAUGUUUCUUCAACGUACUCUCAUCCUUCACUGCUCGACAGGAACGAUGACGCCAUCAUUUCAUCAACUCCUCGAUCGGAAUGCUCUUUCACUAACGGAUCGCCUGAUACGAGCCAUCAACCUCUACUUGUUCAUCGAAGAACCGCUUGUCCGCGUAAACAUUCUAUAGGAAGUAGUUCUUCUAAUCCCAGACUGUCGCAGUAUGUUAAGGAAUUCAGUGAAAGCCGAAACAGUUCCCCAUCUGAUAGCGAGUUGAACUCAAAGUUAGACUUAGGUGGCAGAGACAAGUUUGACCUAAGAUUGCCAAAUCUACCUCAGGAAGUUCUAGUGGACAAUCUCUUGGCUGCUACGCAUGAGAAAAGAGCUGAGAAAUCAAAGAAAAAAAAUCCUCCUACAGCACCGAUAGAGAUCGAAGAUGAACAUGCGCAUAGGGUUCCUAAUAAAAGUGCGUACGAAGCAUAUUUUGAAGUUGAUUCGGAAGCUCGUUCUUUGCCUCUUCCAAAAUCAUAUUAUGAAGAAGCUUCUCUUAGCCCUAUCAAUAAUAUUCUGCAUGAUAUUGAGAAAGAGAAAGAGAAGGAAAGUAGUGAAGAAGGAGAAACACUCAAUGACGAAGAAUCUGCUGAAAAAAACGCUGAGGAAGACAACAACAAGCAAGAACCUUUCUUCAGUCCUGAUGAAGAAGCUCAGUUCUCACCAAAAGAUGAAAAUCCUUCAUUUGGCCAUGAAGAAAGGAAUGACGGAUCUCCAGCUCAAAUUGAUUGUGAUGAGUCUACCGGCUUGGGUACUUCCCUGCUCGAAGAAAUUGCUAACACCAACCCCUUCAACUCACACGAUGAAUCAGCUACCAGCAACACUCUUAUGGGUAGAGGCUGGACUGUAGCUAAAAGUGUUGAAACCGAAGCCAAUUGUUUAUCAUCUUCGUCGAGCACAGACUGUAGUAUUGGUGUGGUCAGCUUCGGACAGGCUCUACGUUCAGCGUUAGAGCAGGACUCUCCCACAGUUGAAGAAAAGAGUAUCGUGGAAGAGGUUAAGCCUGUUGUUGAGAAUGCCGAAGACAUUAAGAGGGACGAGGAGGAAUCAAUUUUGAAACAAAUGACAGUUAUACCGUUUGAAAAAGGACUUCCUGCUCAAGAUUUUCGUUGCCCGAUGUGUUGCAAAUCGAUAGGUCCUCAGUUCGGCUAUUCCAAAUAUGGUUGCUGUGGGAUGGAUGGUCUUUACUAUUGUUUGGAUUGUUUCACGCCUGGAGGUGUUAGUGCUAUUCCAGCUCGUGUCAUUCAGUCGUGGGAUUGGUCUAAACGUGACAUCUCUCAGAAAGGACGUAACUUCUUGAACGAUCAUAAUGACGAUGCUAUUAUAACAGUCAGUGAGCAUAACGAUGGCUUGUAUGACCAUUGCCCUGCACUCCAGAGUGUCAAGGAUAUGAGACAUAGAUUAUCACUAGCUUCACGUUAUCUUUUCACCUGUCGACCAGCCAUAGCGGAGGAAUUAAGAAAGAAAGUAGAUCGAAAGGAAUACAUCUAUGAGAAUGUCAACUUAUAUUCGUUCUCGGAUUUGGAAGCCGUGAAGAGCGGAAGCUUCGAACGUCAACUUACAAGUCUUCUCAAGUUCGCCAUCGGUCAUAUAUUAGCUUGCAUGACAUGUAAACAAAAAGGAUUUGUGUGCGAAGUUUGCAACGCAAAGGAAGUCAUCUAUCCUUUCAAUACCAAUACAACUCAUAGGUGUUUCGAUUGCUUUUCGGUGUUCCAUUUGGAAUGUGCUCAGGAUGUAUGUCCAAAAUGCGCUCGUAGAGCUCGUUAUGAGACAUCGAGAGACGCGUCCGAUCUUCCUUUAGACUAA